AUGUUUGGCAUGUUGUCCAUGGGAUCAAGCUGCUCUUUUGUCUACAUUAACAGUGUUUUGCUGUUCACCCUGAGGAGUAAGCAGGUGUUUUGUGAGACAUCUCGUUACAUCCUGCUGUACAACUUGCUAUUUGCAGACACCGCUCACAUGGCAACAUCAGUUCUGCUUUACUUACUGGCAUCUUUACGGAUAAACCUGACAUAUUUAGCAUGUGGUGUCCUUGUCUUACUCUCAAUUUUGACAGCCACAAUCUCCCCUCUCACUUUGGCUGUGAUGUCACUUGAGAGAUAUGUGGCUGUAUGUUAUCCACUGAGGCAUGCUACUGUCUUCAACAUGAGAAGCACAGGCAUAGCCAUUGCAGUGGUUUGGUCUUUCAGUUUGAUCAACAUCGUCAUUCGUGGUUUCAUGUUGUUAUAUGUGUUGACAGACUUUUCCCUGAUGCAGAUGGGUGUCUUUUGCUCUAAAGACUCAUUUUUUACUGCACCAAUUUUUAAAGAUUUUGAAGAAGUGUAUGCCAGCACUCUGUUUCUGUCAAUAGGUGUGGUAAUCAUCGGCUCCUACAUUGGUGUAGCACUCGUAGCCAGGUCUGUCUCAACAGACAAAGCAUCAGCCAGAAAGGCUCUUCAGACUCUCCUGCUUCACAUGAUUCAGCUAAUCCUGAUUCUCACCUCCACCUUCAUCUCCACCAUCUUCAUAACCCUUGCUAGAACAUUGGGGAGAUUGACCCUUAUGCGUAUUUACAAUGCAUGUUUUGUGUGCUUGAAUAUCCUUCCAAGGUGUCUGAGUGCUCUCAUUUAUGGUCUCAGGGAUCAAACUAUCAGAGCGGCCCUCAUGCAGAAUCUAUGCUGUCAGUGCAGAUGUUCAGUUAUAUUCAGGAAGAGACAUUGA